UUUCCGUAUGCAAGUCAUGUGACAGACAUCAGAAGACAAGUUUCCCUUUUUACAGUGAAGAGAAAUGUCUUAAUUAAGGAAUUUAGCACAGAAUAUAUUCAUGAACUGUAUACGAUAUAUGUAUUUGUAAUGGCAGCUGCAGUGGAGAAAAAAGAGCACUUAUACAAGAUCUUAGUGAUCGGGGAACUUGGAACAGGAAAAACCAGCAUCAUCAAACGAUACGUUCAUCAGUUCUUUUCACAGCAUUACAGAGCUACUAUAGGUGUAGAUUUUGCAUUAAAGGUUUUAAAUUGGGAUGCUGAUACAGUUGUCAGGUUACAGUUAUGGGAUAUUGCAGGUCAAGAACGAUUUGGUAACAUGACUCGUGUUUAUUACAAGGAAGCUGUUGGAUGUUUUAUAGUUUUUGAUGUUACAAGAGCAUCAACAUUUGAAGCGGUCACAAAAUGGAAAGCAGAUUUAGAUAGUAAAGUAACACUAUCAGAUUCAACACCUGUACCAUGUGUUUUAUUGGCUAAUAAAUGUGAUCAAGCCAAGGAAGGAUUAGUAAACAAUGUCUCACAGAUGGAUGAUUUCUGUAAAGAGAAAGGUUUUGUGGGAUGGUUUGAGACGUCAGCAAAAGAAAAUAUAAAUAUAGAAGAAGCCGCUAGAUUCCUUGUCACCAGGAUUCUACAGAAUGACGAAGCAAUAGCCAAAGACGAGGCUGACACUGAUAGAAUAAUAUUAAAUGGUCCCAAAGAUUCCUCUUUAACAGAAAAGAAAGGUUGCUGCUCUUGACUUUACAUACAUUUAAAUACUAUGUUACUGAUAGACCUCCAUACAUUUAAAUACUGUGUUAUUGAUAGCCCUCCAUACAUUAUAAUGAUUAAAGCUGAUACAUCUAUAUUUUGAAUGUUCAAGAUAAGUUUAUAGAUAUGAAGACAUAUUGUGCAAAUUUUUAUACAUGUAUUAUUUAUGUCAAUGACAGCCUACCAUACACUCAUAUAAUAUGUGACUGAUAGCCCUCCAUACAUUCAAAUACCAUGUGACUGAUAGCCCUCCAUACAUUUAAAUACUGUGUUAUUGAUAGCCCUACAUACAUUAUAAUGAGUAAAGCUAAUACCUGCUGAUAGAUCUUUAUUUUGAAUGUUCAAGAUCAUUUUUAUCGAAAAGAAGACAUACUGUGCUAAUCUUCAUACAUGUCUUAUUUAUGUCAGUGACAGCCUACCAUACAUUUAAAUACUAUGUGACUGAUAGCCCUCUAUACAUUUAAAUACUGUGUUAUUGAUAGCCCUACAUAUAUUAUAACGAUUAAAGCUGAUAUAAGCUGAAGAUCUAUAUUUUGAAUGUUCAAGAUAAAAAUGACAUACUAUGCAAAUGUUCAUACAUGUAUUGAUUAUGCCAGUGACAGCUUACCAUACAUUUAAUAUUGAAUAAGUAUUUCAGUUAUACCUGCCAAUAUGACAACUGUCCACCGGAUCCAAAUGAUGUUGAUGUUAGCUCUUUAGAUAUGUUCGUUUUUAAAAUUCAUUGUUUUCAUUGUUAACUGAAGUGUUAAUGUUUUGAAAUGUUGUUCAAGUUUUCAAAAUACAUUAUGUAAAAAAAUAUUUUUUUUAGAGCUUUUAAAACUAUACAUGACAAGACACUAUUCCCAAAAAUGAAGGGCUUACAAAGAUGCCUUCAUACAAAGGGCAUUUAGGUAACCUGUCAAACAAUCUAGAUUUUAAGUGGGCAGAGUGUUCGAAACAAUUUUGGAAAUUUUUAGUUUAUAAUUUAUAAUAGUCCACAAACUGUUUUCAUUGUACCUGGGAACAGUAUACCUAACUGGAAAUGAAUCUGAUACACUUUUCAGUAUAAAAUUGAAAAAAUCUCGUACUCCCUGAGACUUCCAGAGAUUUAUGGAUUUUGGUAGUGUCUGACUGAAAAACUUUUGGAACUGCUCAAUAAAUAAACCACAUAAUUCUAUAAUUGUAAAUAAAUACAAAUUGUAUCAUUUAGAAGAUAUAUUUUUUUCAUAUAAAAUUACUAAAAUAAGUUUGAUUUAUUUGACGUGAAGUGUUUUAUAAUAGUUUUGGAAUUUGUAAAUCAUCGCGGCAAUGGCUGCCAUUUUUUUAUUACCUUGUUUGCAUUUUGCACAGUUCUGUGAUGAACUGCUUGCGAUUUUAACAAAUUUGAAGUGACAGAAUACAAGUUUGAUACACUAGCGUCACUAUAAAACUAGUUUGAAUGACAUUUUAUUGAUAUUAUCAGAAAUAUUUAGGAUAAUAGUGAGUCCAUUUAAAACACAUGUCUGUUUCCAUAUUGUAUCUUUAUUAAUGAUGGCACGACAACAAAAUCGACUACAAUCAGGUAGUGUCCAAGUCCCAUCAAUAUAUAUGUUCCUGAUUGUACGUAUUGUAGCAAGGACAAUUUUCCAUAGAACAAGAAAACCAUCUAGCUCCUUUAAAAAAUUCUGUUCAUCACUUUAUUAGAUUAUAUCUGAGAGUAGAUUUUCGAAUUUUUUAAUCUACCAUGUAUCUGUCAAAAACACCUUUUGUCAGUGUCAUGUAUGAAAAUCAAAUUAAUACUUAGAAUGUAUGUGCAUAUUGGAUCAAAAUAGCUGCCAUUUGACAUUUCAAUGACAAUUAUUUAUUGCAUUCAAUAAUUAAUAGGGAACAUAAAUAGACCUUAUAACUAUUUGUCUGCCAUUGCUAGACAUCACACAGGUUCUCCUAAAAAUUUGACGUCAUAAUACAAAAUAUCUGAUGCCACAAUGGAAAGGCGAUUGAUGUAAACUGUCAAUAGUUCAAGCAGGACAGAUUCUUGGGUCAACCCGGAAUAGCUAUUAAGGUGUAUUCAGGAAUUGAAAUGUAUGGGUGCUUUGAAUAUAUAUGCUGUUUAUUGUGGGAAUGAGUCUUUUAUUUAAGAAAUGAAUGCUUCAUGUUUGUAAGUUUUUUGAGGUGUAAAUAGUUUUGACGAAAGCAUUUUUUGUAUACAAAACUAGAAUUUUUAUUUUUGAAAUGCCUCAACCAAUCAAAAUUACAGAUUCUGAUGUAACUGAAAUGCGAUUAUAGUUAAUUAUAUUAUAGCAAGCAAUAUAUUUUGUUAGUUCACAUGCAAGACAUGAUGUUAAAUGUAUAUUUUUAAGGCACCUUUUCUAUAUAUACUUCUUUUUGGGUAGUCGUCUUUUAUAGUUACUUUUUGCGUUUGGUAAUACUCAGAGAUUUAGAGCCUUUAGGACUUAUUUCAGUAGAAAAAUAUUUGCAUGUUUAGUUGAUGCAUAAAUCUCCUACAUUCACAACCCAUAUUAAGUGGAACAAAUUAAAGACUUUUCAGUUAGUGAGCCGUCUUCUCUUUUGUAAACAGAUAUUUUCAAAAAGUUAUGUGUUUUUAUUUUUAGAUUUUUGUAACAAUUUUUGUUUUUAUUUUACAAAAAAAUUCAAACUGCCAUGAGAAAUUAUAAAAUGCGAUUUUAAAUUAUUGCCAUUAUACCCCAUUUUUCACAAUAACAAAAACAUUGCAAUAAUUACUGAAUUAACAGUAGAUAAUAAACACCAUUAAGGUCACAUAUGCAGUAAAACACUGAUAAAACAAUGCAUACUUGUUAGUUGCUCAUUUGUAAAAAAAAACAUGACAAUGUGUAUGACAAAUGUCAACAAUCUUACCUCAUGAUUGACUAAAGAGUGCUGAAGAGGGCUUCAUAUCUACACUUCAUAUCAACUAGAUUAGUCUUACCUGAUGUCCCUAGGGAUUUUCCUACCUAUUGCAAACAUAAACAAUUUUACCUAAAACAGAUUUUCCGUUUUACUUGUUCACUUGGAAUUUAGAGUUGCUUAUUGUAUUAAAAAAAGUAUUUGACAUUUUUAAAACAUGUAUGUUAUUAACAGUCUCAAUGAGUUAUAUUUGUUCUGUAUUUUUUUCCUUACAUCCAAAUUUUUUAAAAACAGUACUGUAAAUUCAGAAAUUAUGGAGUGCAGUAAUAUUGCAAAUUAUUGAUUACUGGUAAAAUGUCAGAUCUAAUUGCGUGAUAUAUUGGUAUACAGAGAAGGUUACAAUAACAAUUAUGAAUUGGAGUUUAUAUUUUUACAAACCUUAAACAUGUCUCAUUUUUCAGUUUUUGUAAAUCAUUGUUACAAUUUUGGAGUUCAUGAGAAAUAUAAAUACCAUUUUGAAAAAUUCUCGAAUCUGGUUGAGAAGUGUAGAACGUUUAUCCUAAUUUACAGUACAAUCUAUAAUGAUACAACUUACCUCAUAUCAUUGUGUGUGAAUAAGUAUAAAUGAAUGUUACAAAGUCAUGGUUGUUAUAUAAUUUAUAAGAUAUUUAUAUAAUUUUAUCAUUUUAGAAUAAUUUUUAACUAGCUUAUAUUAUUCAUCAUGUAUAUCAUGUAUAUGAAAUGAGGGUAAGAUAAUAAAUAUAUUAAUUGAUA